UGGGCGCCCGCACUGUAGGGUGCGCGCAGGGGUUGGGGGCAACUGUCAGCCGUUACCAAGAGACGGGCGGCCGCGGGAUGGCGGCGGUCUCCGGGUCCUCUGACUUGGCCGGCCCCGGAGCGCCCCCGUCCGGCGGAGGAGCCCAAGCGGCGGCGGUGGCUGAGGAGGAGGAGCGAGAGGUGGUACGGGUCCGAGUCAAGAAAUGUGAGAGCUUCUUGCCACCUGAGUUCCGCUCUUUUGCUGUAGACCCCCAGAUUACUUCACUGGACGUGUUACAGCACAUCCUCAUCCGAGCCUUUGACUUGAGCGGGAAGAAGAACUUUGGCAUCAGCUACCUGGGCCGGGACCGGCUAGGACAGGAAGCUUACCUCUCACUCCUGUCUGACUGGGACCUCAGCAUGGCCUUUGCCACCGCCUGCAAACCUUACCUGCAGUUGCGUGUAGACAUUCGGCCCUCAGAAGACAGCCCGUUGAUGGAAGAUUGGGACAUAAUCAGCCCGAAGGAUGUCAUUGGCUCCGAUGUGUUGCUGGCUGAGAAACGGUCAUCGCUGACGACAGCUGCCCUGCCCUUUACACAGUCCAUCCUCUCUCAGGUGGGCCGUACCUUGUCUAAGGUCCAGCAGGUGCUCAGCUGGUCAUAUGGGGAAGAUAUCAAACCCUUCAAGCCACCCCUGAGCGAUGCUGAGUUUCACACGUACCUGAACCAUGAAGGCCAGCUCUCCCGCCCUGAGGAGUUGCGCCUGCGGAUCUAUCACGGUGGCGUGGAGCCCUCACUGCGAAAGGUGGUGUGGAGGUACCUGCUGAAUGUGUACCCUGAUGGGCUGACAGGCCGUGAGCGGAUGGACUACAUGAAGCGCAAGAGUCGCGAGUAUGAGCAGCUUAAGAGCGAGUGGGCCCAGCGAGCGAGCCCUGACGACCUGGAAUUCAUCCGCAGCACGGUCCUCAAGGAUGUGCUGCGCACCGACCGGGCCCACCCUUACUACGCAGGUCCUGAGGAUGGUCCACACCUGCAGGCACUGCAUGACCUGCUCACCACCUAUGCUGUUACCCACCCACAGGUGUCCUAUUGCCAGGGCAUGAGUGACCUUGCCUCACCCAUCCUUGCUGUCAUGGACCAUGAGGGCCAUGCUUUCGUCUGCUUUUGUGGCAUCAUGAAGCGCCUGGCUGCCAACUUUCAUCCUGAUGGCCGUGCCAUGGCCACCAAGUUUGCCCACCUCAAGCUGCUGCUGCGACAUGCUGACCCCGACUUCUACCAGUACCUGCAAGAAGCAGGUGCCGAUGACCUCUUCUUCUGUUACCGCUGGCUGCUGCUCGAGCUGAAGCGUGAGUUUGCCUUUGACGAUGCCCUCCGCAUGCUUGAGGUCACUUGGAGUUCACUGCCGCCAGAUCCUCCUGAACAUGAGGUGGAGCUCGUUGGACCCCCCAGCCAAGUGGCAGACACUGGCUUCAGCAGCCCCAGAGGGCGGCCCAUGCGACAGAGGCACAUGCUGAGGCCUGUUGGUGGAAGAGGCAGUGCCUUUGAAGAUGCUGUUGACCACUUGGCCAUGACGAGCCAAGGGCCCAGUGGUGGGGGGCGUCUCCUGAGACAAGCCAGUCUGGAUGGCCUCCAGCAACUCAGGGAUAACAUGGGCCCCAGGAAAGACCCUCUGGUCCCGCUGUCCCACCCAGUUACCCUCAUCAGCUCCAAGUCCCUCUCUGAGCCUUUGCUGAGCUCCUCAGACCCGCUGCUCUCCUCCUCUUCCCGCCCUGAUUCCCCAUCUUCCUCAUCUCCACCAUCCACCCAGGAGGCCUCUCCCACUGGUGAAAUAGCUGUAGGAUCCCCCCUGAUGCAAGAGGUAGGGUCUCCACAAGACCCUGGGAAGUCCCUGCACCCCUCACCCCCAAUAGGCCUGCCCCCACCCCAGGAAUUUGGCCGGGGGAACCCAUUCAUGCUCUUCCUCUGCCUGGCUAUCCUGCUGGAACACCGAGACCACAUCAUGCGCAAUGGGCUGGAUUACAAUGAACUGGCCAUGCACUUUGACCGCCUUGUGCGAAAACACCACCUGGGGCGCGUCCUGCGCAGGGCAAAGGCUCUCUUUGCUGAUUACUUGCAGUCAGAGGUGUGGGACUCGGAGGAGGGGGCUGAAGCUACAGCCCCAUCUUGAUCAGGCUCCCUACAGUCCACCAGCAGCCCCACCAGAUCUCUGUUCUUUGCCUCGAGGGUCUAUACAUAAGACCCCCCCUCUCCACCUGCCAGCCCUAGACCUGUUGGAAUGUGGGGCUCUCUCUCCCCAGGUCUGAGUAUGUUGGGCUCUGCUUUGGCACUGCCCCAUGGAGGCC